GUUUGCUUGAGCGCGAAGUCCGGGGCCAGGGCCAGGGGGGGGCCGACACCCCCAUCGAGAGCGAAUGCGUCGUCGAGGGGGCUGCUAACGGCCGCCGCGGCCAUGAACUCCCCCGUGGAGCCCCGAGCUAGGCAGGCGCUGAAGAAGAAGCCGCCCGAGCGGACCCCGGAGGAUUUAAAUACUAUUUAUUCCUACCUUCAUGGAAUGGAAAUACUAUCAAAUCUCAGGGAACAUCAACUUAGAUUAAUGUCUGCAAGAGCACGCUAUGAGAGAUACAGUGGCAAUCAGAUUCUUUUUUGUUCAGAAACUAUUGCCAGAUGUUGGUAUAUCCUGCUUUCUGGAUCUGUACUCAUGAAAGACUCCAUGGUCUUGCCUCCUUGCAGUUUUGGUAAGCAGUUUGGAGGAAAAAGAGGCUGUGAUUGUCUUGUAUUAGAGCCUUCAGAAAUGAUUGUGGUAGAGAAUUCCAAAGAAAAUGAAGAUAGUAUUUUACAAAGAGAAAUUCCUGCCAGACAAUCUCGACGAAGGUUUCGGAAAAUAAACUACAAGGGAGAACGUCAGACUAUUAUUGAUGAUACGGACGUUAACGACUAUUUAUCUCUUCCAGCCGAUCUUACCAAGAUGCACAUCACAGAAAAUCCUCAUCCGCAGGUGGCUCAUGUAUCUUCUAGUCAGUCUGGUUGUAGCAUCGCCAGUGACUCUGGGAGCAGCAGUUUAUCUGACAUAUAUCAGGCCACAGAAAGUGAAGUAGGAGAUGUAGAUUUAACACGUCUUCCAGAAGGACCUGUCGAUUCUGAAGAUGAAGAAGAAGAAGAUGAAGAGAUUGAUCGAACAGAUCCAUUGCAAGGGCGAGAUCUUGUUCGGGAAUGUCUUGAAAAAGAACCUGCUGACAAAACUGAUGAUGACAUUGAACAAUUACUGGAGUUUAUGCAUCAGCUUCCUGCUUUUGCAAACAUGACCAUGUCUGUAAGGAGAGAACUUUGUUCGGUGAUGAUUUUUGAAGUAGUAGAGCAGGCUGGAGCUAUUAUUCUUGAAGAUGGGCAAGAGCUUGAUUCAUGGUAUGUCAUUUUAAAUGGCACUGUAGAAAUAAGUCAUUCAGAUGGAAAGGUGGAAAAUCUCUUUAUGGGAAAUAGUUUUGGUAUUACACCCACGAUGGAUAAGCAGUACAUGCAUGGAGUUGUUAGGACUAAAGUUGAUGAUUGCCAGUUUGUCUGCAUAGCUCAGCAGGAUUAUUGUAGGAUUUUAAACCAUGUGGAAAAAAAUACUCAUAAAGUUGAAGAAGAAGGAGAAAUUGUUAUGGUACAUGAGCACCGUGAGCUAGAUCGAAGUGGAACCCGCAAAGGACAUAUUGUAAUCAAGGCAACAGCUGAACGUCUCAUUAUGCAUUUGAUAGAAGAACAUUCUAUUGUGGAUCCAACAUAUAUAGAAGAUUUUCUAUUAACUUACAGAACGUUUCUUCAAAGUCCGUUGGAUGUUGGAAUCAAAUUGUUGGAAUGGUUUAAAGUUGACAGCUUAAGGGAUAAGGUAACACGGAUUGUAUUAUUAUGGGUAAAUAAUCAUUUUAAUGAUUUUGAAGGUGAUCCUGCUCUGACACGAUUUUUGGAGGAAUUUGAAAAGAAUCUGGAAGAUACAAAAAUGAAUGGUCAUCUUCGGUUAUUAAAUAUUGCCUGUGCUGCAAAGGCUAAGUGGAGACAGGUUGUAUUGCAGAAGGCUUCCCGUGAGUCCCCUCUGCAUUUUAGCCUUAAUGGAGGAAGUGAAAAAGGAUUUGGUAUUUUUGUGGAAGGAGUAGAAUCAAAUAGUAAAGCUGCUGAUGCAGGACUGAAACGUGGUGAUCAGAUAAUGGAAGUGAAUGGACAAAACUUUGAGAAUAUUACUUUUGCGAAGGCCCUUGAAAUUCUGAGAAAUAAUACCCAUCUUGCACUUACUGUAAAGACCAACAUAUUUGUGUUCAAAGAGUUACUUAGUAGGACUGAACAGGAGAAAACUGGUGUUCUUCAUAUUCCCAAAAUUGCUGAAAAAAAAAGUAAUCGCCAUUCAAUCCAGGAUGUACCAGGAGAUAUUGAACCAACAUCACAGGAAAAAGGAAAUAAGAAAAUAAAAGCAAAUACUGUUUCAGGUGGAAGAAACAAAAUCAGAAAAAUUUUGGAUAGAACACGAUUUAGUAUCUUGCCUCCAAAAUUGUUUAGUGAUGGAGGCCUGAGCCAAUCACAAGAUGAUAGUAUUGUGGGAACAAGACACUGUAGGCACAGUCUAGCUAUAUUGCCUAUUCCUGGAACACUCUCAUCCAGCAGUCCUGAUCUCUUACAACCUACAACCAGUAUGUUGGACUUUUCAAAUCCUACAGCUGUUGGUUUUUAUUAUAUUCCUGACCAAGUUAUAAGAGUUUUCAAGGCAGAUCAACAAAGUUGCUACAUUAUCAUUAGUAAAGACACUACAGCUAAAGAAGUUGUUUGUCAAGCUGUUCAUGAAUUCAAUUUGACUGGUACAUCAGAUACAUAUUCUCUCUGUGAAGUUUCUGUUACUCCGGAGGGUGUCAUAAAACAGAGAAGACUUCCAGACCAGUUCUCCAAGUUAGCUGAUAGAAUUCAGCUUAAUGGAAGGUAUUAUUUAAAGAAUAACAUGGAAACAGAAACCUUAUGUUCUGAUGAAGAUGCACAAGAAUUAGUUAAGGAGAGCCAGCUAUCCAUGCUGCAGCUUAGUACCAUUGAAUUGGCCACUCAACUGUCAAUGAGAGACUUUGAUUUGUUCCGAAAUAUUGAGCCUACUGAAUACAUUGAUGACCUUUUUAAGUUAGAUUCCAAAACAGGAAAUACUCAUUUGAAAGAGUUCGAGGACAUUGUAAACCAAGAAACUUUCUGGGUUGCCUCAGAGAUUUUAACUGAAUCAAAUCAACUUAAACGAAUGAAGAUUAUUAAACAUUUUAUUAAAAUUGCACUUCAUUGUCGGGAAUGUAAGAACUUCAAUUCCAUGUUUGCAAUAAUAAGUGGCCUGAACUUAUCAUGUGUAGCUCGACUCAGAGGAACUUGGGAAAAGUUACCAAGCAAGUAUGAGAAACAUCUCCAAGAUCUACAAGACAUAUUUGAUCCAUCUAGAAAUAUGGCAAAGUACAGAAAUAUUCUUAGUAGUCAAAGUAUGCAGCCUCCAAUUAUUCCACUUUUCCCUGUUGUCAAGAAAGAUAUGACAUUUUUACAUGAAGGAAAUGACUCCAAAGUAGAUGGUUUAGUGAACUUUGAGAAGCUAAGAAUGAUUGCCAAGGAAAUCCGUCAAGUUGUUCGAAUGACUUCUGCUAACAUGGAUCCAGCUAUGAUGUUCCGGCAGAGGAAGAAGAGGUGGCGAAGUCUGGGGUCACUGAGUCAAGGCAGCACAAACUCAAACUUGCUAGAUGUUCAAGGGGGUGCCCACAGAAAAAGGGCACGCCGUAGCUCCCUGCUUAAUGCAAAGAAGCUCUAUGAGGAUGCCCAGAUGGCAAGGAAAGUGAAGCAGUAUCUCUCUGGUUUGGAUGUAGAUACAGAUGAAGAGAAGUACCAGCUGAUGUCAUUUCAGUGGGAACCUGCAUAUGGUACCUUAACCAAGAACAUAAAUGAGAAAAGGGCAGCCAAAUCAUCAGAAAUGUCUCCAGUGCCUAUGAGAUCAGUUGGCCAAGUAGCUAAAGCUCACUUGCAUCAGCCACACAGAGUAAGCCAGGUGCUUCAGGUGCCAGCUGUUAAUUUGCAUCCCAGCAGGAAGAAAGGACAAACAAAAGAUGCCAUCACAUUGAGUACAGGUUUACCUCAGAAAGUCUUAGGAGCAACUGAAGAAGUGGGUGGUAAGAAACAUAUAGAAGACACUAUUUCUGUGGCAUCAUCUUUACAUUCUACUCCUCCUGCAUCUCCUCAAAGUUCCCCUCGCAAAGGUUAUACACUCUUACCAUCAGCUAAAUCUGACAACUUAUCUGACUCCAGCCAUAGUGAGAUUUCUUCACGAUCCAGCCUUGUGAGCAAUUGUUCUGUUGACUCCAUGUCUGCAGCUCUGCAGGAUGAUCGAUAUUCUUCCCAGACAGUGGCAGUCCCUGAAUCCACUGGGGCAUUGGAAAAGACAGAGCACCCCUCGGGGAUAGGAAAUCACAGUCAAGUUGGCUCUGGGUGGGCACUCUCAAAGCCACCUCUAAUCAAGAGUUUGGCUGUCUCAUCUUCUAUGAGCAGUGAAGAGAUUUCUCAUGAGCAUGUAAUUUUAGAAGCAGCUGAUAGCGGUCGUGGAAGUUGGACUUCAUGUUCAAGCAACUCCCAUGACAACUUCCAAAGCCUUCCAAAUCCAAAAGGCUGGGACUUUUUGAACUCCUAUCGACACUCCCAUUUGGAUGGACCCAUUGCUGAAGUUGAAUCCACUGAUUGUGACCCUUACUCAUCUCCUAAAAGCUGCUCUAGAACUUGUGGUCAGUGUAUAGGAAACCUUGAGACUAACCAGGUAAAACAGAAUUGGGCCUCCUCCAGUUCUCAUUCAGACUCAUAUGAACCAAACUAUGGGACAGUUAAAAGAAGAGUUUUGGAAAGUGUCUCAGUUGAGUCUUCUGAACGCUUGGACCCAAAGGAUGGCACAGACCCACUCUAUAAAACUGUCACUUCAAGUACAGAAAAGGGCUUGAUUGAAAAUGAACAAGUUUCUGCAGUCUAGUCUGUGGACCAUUUGAAGACUAUUGAAGGUUUGGAGGAAGGAGUGGCAUGAACUACUUCAUGAUUCUGCAGGCCAUUGUCGACAGCCUGCUGCUACUACUAAUCCAGAGGUUUCAUUCUUGUACUCUGAGCAAAAAGACUAGCUCUGAAUUAUGUUUCCUUUCUUUUAAUUCCUAGAGAUGCCUAGUUUUCUCAGCUAUGAAUUUUGUGCCUGGAUAUUAGUCCUUACUUUGCACACCAGACUUGCCUUGGGACCACAGUUACGAGAACAAACUCCAACUCAGAGUCCUCCCUUUGUGUCACUAUACUUUUUCUUUUAACAAGUUAUUUUUAAGUAGUAAUAGUAGUAGUACCAUUUCCAAGUCAUAGCUGUAAUAACAAACAAAAUCUACAUGUCUGCCAAUACCAAGGAUAAUCUUGUGUAUUUGAAAAGAGACUUGUUUGUUACAUGAAAUACUCUGGUUGUUUCUAUUAGGGAGCUCUCAUUAGCUGAUAUUUAUCUUUGAGACCAUAAAAUUGUUCUGGUCUGGCCAAACGGAAGUCAUCUUUACAAGAUGAAAUGCUUGAUCUAUACAGAGGUGUAACUUACUUAAUCUUUAAUUCCAAUACCUUGUAAAGGUUAAAUUUUUUAAUUGGAAUUGACACCAUUGCUAUUUGAGGUAAUAGAACUAGAAAUACUGCCAUCUGCUGCUCAUGGUAAGACAAAUGAGGCUUCAACAGGGUUUUUGACGUCUUUUGGAGAAAAGGAGAUGGGUUUCAUGGGAUUGGUUAGCAAUCCUAAUCCAAAGAAUAAAAUUUGUAUGCUAACAUAUAUGUCAUUCAUCCUGAAGUAAAAGUCAUGGUGCAUAUAAUUGUAAUUUUAAAGUCUAAUAGAGAAUGAGUUCUAGAGAGUUCUACUAUUGAAAUCCAGUGAUGAAAUUCUGUUUUUAUAGGAAGUGUAAUCAUAGGGGGUGUGAUCAUGAUUAAUUUAUCUUUAUACAGUGUGCUUGUAGUGAAGCUCAUUAUCCCAACAAAGUCUGUAAUUGAAAAUAUUGCCAGGAGACAGAACUUAGAAUAAUAGAAAUGAUUUUCUCUUGGUUCUCAGCUUAGAACUUGAAAGUCAUAUUUAAGUCUUUUUGACUUGGUAUUCUUAAGUAUUUAAAAUUUCAGUGACUGUUUAGUGAAUUGUUAGCUAGACUCUACAUUUUAAUACAGUCAUUAAAAGUUGUUUUCUAUAUUAAGUUUAAUUUUUCCUUUUAGUAUAAAGGCAAGGGAGUUUAAUGAAUUUCUUUAAUUACCAGACAAAAAGCCAAAGCCAUUAAUGUGCACUUCCCAGAUCAACUCAGAGCCAAAAUGAAUUUACUUCUGUAUAUGCAGAGGAUUUAAUUGAUUCAUGUCUUCCUUUUUAGCCAUUUGUCCUCAUUUUUUCUUUCUCUUUUUGAUUCUUGUGCCAUAUCCAGUGAUGCUCAGAACUUACUCCUUGCUCUGCUCUCAGGGGUCACUCCUAGUGGGCUUGGGGGACCAUAUGUACUAGGAAUUGAACCCAGGUAGGCUAAGUCCUGGGCAGGCGCCCUAUUUAUAUACUGUUCUUAGUCCCUGUCCUCAUUUUUUGUAGUUUUUUUUUUAUAUCUUCCUAAUACUCUCCAUUAUAAAAGCAUAAACUAAUUCCAGAAGGUAAAUGAGUUGAUCUUUCCCAUCAGUGUUAUAGUUAUCUUGGACCUGGAAACAUAGUAAGUGCCUGCCUUGUACAUGGCCAAGCCAAAUUCAAUCCCUGACACUGUAUGUAUUUGGUCCCCUGAGCAGUGCUAAGAGUGAUAUCUAAGCACCAUUGGGUGUGGCCCAAAAACAAAUACAAAAAAAAUGAUUGUCUCUUAAAAGGUAUUUACCGGUAGUUACACUGUAGUGUUUUAACCUAUAAGUAAUGGUCCUCUUUUCAAAAAAAUUUCCUUCACUGGUUACAUAUGAUGUUUUCAUGUCCAAAACAAAAUGUAAGAUAUUUUAUAAUUUUUUAAAAAUCAUUUCUGUAUUUAUUCUCACCAUUUUGUGUCCAUUAUCACGGAAAAGAAAAUGUGCUUUUUGCACAGUAUCUGUUUAUUUAACAGGUCUUUCUAACUAAAUGGAAGCCUUACCUUUCUAUGUGUUUAAAGGUGUUCAUAAUGCCUACACAGGAAGUCAGAGGCUUGUGGUUUGGGGCUUGUAGCUGCCUUU